AGUUGCUCAGGGGAGAUGACGAGCCCAAUGGUGGCCACCCCGGUCCAGCUCCGCAGCACCGGCCGCCUCAGCUUCUGCUGCUUCCCCAGCAGCGCAUCGGGGACAGCCCCCAGUCGGCGGCGAUUCGCGGUGACGGUGAGGGCGUCCGCGGAGACGAUGGCGACGGAGAAGCUGGGUAUCAAGGUGGAGCGCAACCCGCCAGAGUCCCGCCUCUCCGAGCUCGGCGUCCGCCAGUGGCCCACGUGGGGGUGCGAGAAGAGCAAGUUCCCGUGGACCUACUCCGCCAAGGAGACCUGCUACCUGCUGCAGGGAAAGGUGAAGGUGUACCCCGACGGUCACGGCGAGGAGUUCGUGGAGAUCGCCGCGGGGGACCUUGUCGUCUUCCCCAAGGGCAUGAGCUGCACCUGGGACGUCGCCGAGGCCGUCGACAAGCACUACAACUUCGAGUAGCCGCCGCCGCCGCCAUGUUUGGAUUGCUUCCCCUAGCUUCCUACCAUGUGCUUGUAGACUUGCUGUGCUCUUAUACACCUAUGCUCCAUUCCAGAGUUAAACAGCGUAAAAUAAAGCUCCGGAUUAGCGGACUACACAAUUCACACCAACGUUCUGUCAGGCGUUUUUCCUGUUAUGACAAGUGGAACCUGUACAUGUUAGUAUGUGAUUCAUGCCCUCAAGGCC